AUGCCAAACGGCCCUACGAGCAGCCCGGCCAAAUCGGCCUGGGCAGACAAAUAUCGCGGAGCCACCGUCGAAGACCUUGACCCACCCUCAGCGCUAUCGUGCAAACCUACGGAUCCGAUAUCACACGCCCUCAUGAGCGCCUUCGAACGAGACUACACCCACCUCACCGUCGUAUCGCAGGAGAACCGCGCAUUGCUGGGCUACCUAAGCAUACCUCGUCUCAAGGAGCUGCUGAAGGAGGGCAGAGUGAAGGAGACAGAUCCAGUCGAGACGGCUAUGCUGCGGUUCAGGCGGAAGGGGAAGGUGUACAAGGUCAUCACGAUGGACACGCCGCUGGAGGAGCUGGAGCAAUUCUUCAAUGGUGGGGUAGAUGGGAGUGGACCGCAGGACUUUGCGGUCGUCACGGAUGGUAGCAGGAGAUUUGUCCUCGGGGUAGCUACGAAGAGCGAUCUCGAGGAGUUUGUGAAGAGGAGACCUGCAUAG